UCAGUUUAUCAUCAGACAACGAUACGACACAUCGUUUGUCGUUCGCAUCUUACUGUUCACAAUUAUUCGUUCAUUAGAUAAUUGAAUUGCCAUGUUCGGUAAAAAAAAUGAAGAAACUGUCGGAUUAUUAAAAGUUUCAGCUAAUAAACUAGACAGGAAUACCAAAUAUGGAACUGUAGAAAAAAAUGAAAAGAAAAAACAUACUAUUCGUAGCUUGUUUCGAUAUGCUAGCAAAGCUGAUGUGGUACUUAUGUCCAUUGGCAUCUUAUGCUCGGUCAUUCAUGGAUCGAGCUUUCCUAUCCUGGCAUUGGUAUUUGGUCAAAUGACCAAUGUAUUUAUCAAACAAGCAUCGGAUUCACCUUUAAAUGUUGAAAGUUCUACACUUGGAGCAUUCUUUAUGUCUGAAAUGGAAAGAAUGAGUACUGUUAAAACUAUUACAGAAAUUAAUUCGAGACAAACAACAGACAUUCCAAGUCAAUCUAGUUAUGACAUGUUAAGCCCUGAAGAAUUUUAUAACUAUAUGACUAAGUAUUCUUUAUAUUACUUAUAUAUAGGAUGCAUAGUAUUACUUGCUGCAUUCAUACAAACUUAUUGUUGGGAGAUUGCUUGUGAAAGACAAGUUCAUCGAUUGCAUAAGGAAUUUUAUAGCCAAAUCCUUAGACAAGAAAUUAGUUGGUAUGACUUAAGUGAUGAUGGAGAUUUAACAACAAAGUUAUCAGACGAUCUGGAAAAAUUUCGUGAAGGUAUUAGCAGUAAAUUCAGUAUGAUUACACAAUACAUAAGCACUCUUUUCACUGGUAUACUAAUUGGAAUUUAUGUCAAUUGGAGAUUAACUUCAGUCAUACUUUGUAUCACACCAUUUUUAGUUGCCAUUUCUGGAGCACUAGCUAUAGUUUCAGCAAGUACAGCCGUUAGAGAGCAAAUCAAAUAUGGCUUUGCUGGAAGUAUAGCUAAAGAGGUCUUAUUAAAUAUCCGGACAGUAGCAGCAUUUGGAGGAGAACUUAGAGAAUCUAAAAGAUAUAAGAUAGCUAUAGAAGAAGGUCGAAAAUUAGUUAUGAAAAAAUACUAUGUGUUCUCAAUAUUGUUGGGUUCUAUAUUUGUGAUCAUAUAUUCAGCAUAUGGAAUAGGAUUCUGGUAUGGAUCUAAUUUAAUUGUUAAUAAAAUUUCAUCGCCUGGGAGCAUUUUCACGGUAUUUUUUAGUGUAAUGGCUGGAGCUUUUUCUGUGGGAAAUGCUUUACCAUUUAUAAAUUUAGUAAGCAUAGCUAUUGGAGCAGCAUCAAAUAUAUUUGAUAUAAUUGAUAAUAAACCCAAAAUUGAUCCUUAUUCAUCACAAGGAAAAAAAAUUAAUAAAAUUCAAGGAAAAAUUGAAUUUAAAAAUGUUUACUUUACCUAUCCAACAAAAUGUUCUACAUCAAUUUUGAAUAACUUAUCAUUAACAAUUGAAUCUGGGCAAACUGUAGCAUUGGUCGGUUCUAAUGGAAGUGGUAAAAGUACAAUUGGAAGUUUAUUAUUACGUUUCUAUGAUCCUACAGAAGGUCAAGUAUUGUUGGAUAAUUUUGAUUUAAAAUAUUUAAAUGUACAUUGGCUUCGUCAAAACAUUGGAGUUAUAACUCAAGCACCAGUAUUAUUUAGUGUUUCCAUUGCUGAAAACAUCAGAUAUGGUCAAUCAGAUUGUACUCGACAAGAUAUUAUAGCUGCUGCAAUGACAGCUAAUGCCCAUAGUUUUAUCAUAAAAUUACCUAAGGGUUAUGAUACAUUAAUUGGGGACAAAGGUUUUCAACUUUCCGGUGAUCAAAAACAGAGAAUUAAUAUUGCAAGAGCUUUAGUCAAAGAUCCAAAAAUAUUAUUAUUGGACGAAGCUACUUUAGGGCUAGAUGCACAAAGUGAAGAAAUUGUACAAGAAGCCUUGGAUAAAGCUCAACAAGAUAGAAGUACUAUUAUUCUUACUCAUAGACUGUCCACAUUACGAAAUAUUGAUAUUAUUUUUGUUUUACAAGAUGGACAUAUAGUAGAGUCUGGGACACAUGACAUUUUGAUGUCAAGGAAUGGCCUAUAUACAAAUUUAUUUAACACCCAAGUGAAACAAGAAAAUAAUAAAAGUAAUGGAGAGGAUUCUUUAGAAUCUGAUGGAGAUAUAAUAGAUGAGUCUACAUCAGAUAAUAAAAGUAUGAAUGUAGAAUAUGUUACACCAUCAACAAGUCAACCUGAGAACAAACAAAUUAGUUUAAAAAAUCCAGAACUUAAAUCUCAUUCCAAAGUUGAUGAUGCUGUAGCCAAUGAAAAUAUUGAAAAUCAAGCUAUAAUUGAUAGUGAUAAUACUGAAAUCAUAACAACAAGAAAGACAUCAGUUUUAGAAAAAUUUAUUGAACCUGAAAAUGUAGUCACAGAUAAUUUUUUUACUGAAAAUAGUGAUGGCUUUAUUGUAAAUGUUACUAGAAAAAUAUCUUCACGUAAAGUAAAACGUAUCAUCUAUUUAGAACAAGGAAGUACAGAUAGUGAAUUAGAAUCAAGUGAUAAUCGUCCAAAUAAUUACAAAGGAAGUACCUCAAUAAGAUCAAUGAGUCAAUUUGAUGAUUAUUCUCAAUGGGAAACAUCAGAUAUAGAAUUUAAUCAAAAUACAGAAUUUUCUUUGACUUCUAAAAAUGGUUAUCAAUACAUUAACAAACAAAAUAUUUUGCCUGAAAUUGAAAAUGUUUGUACGGUGGAUAUACUUAGAUUCAAUUAUCCAGAAUGGCCAUGGUUAGUGAUGGGUUUUAUAGGUUGUGUUUUAACCGGUGCCAUAAUGCCAGUGUUUUCUGUUUUUUAUGGCCAAGUGUUUGCUACAUUCACACUUAAAGGCAAUGAUCUAUUACAAGAAGCAGCUUUUUGGUCUAAAAUGUUUAUUAUAUUAGCUUUACUAUCUGGAUUAGCAUGGUGGAUGCAGACCUUUGGAUUUACCCACGCUUGUGAAAAGCUUAUUAUGCGUAUGAGAAUAUAUGCGUUUGAAAAUGUAUUACGUCAACCUGUAUUCUGGUUUGAUUUUAAAAGUUCAUCACCUAGUGUUAUUAUCAACAGACUAGAUAGAGAAGCUCCACUCGUGAAAUCUGCUGGUAGUUUAAGAGUGGCUCAAAUAAUAUCAGCAUUUGUAACACUGUCAUCUGCAAUUAUUAUCUCUUUCGUGUUUGGCUGGAAAUUUGCUAUAGUAUUAGUCAUUGGUGUACCAAUAAUUGCUGGUGCUGCUUAUAAACAAUUAAUGAUGGUUCAAAAAAGUCAAAAACGAGAUUUUGAAUUUAUGGCUAAAGCUAACGAGAUUUCAUCUGAAACUAUUUCAAGUAUAAAAACAGUUCAAAGUUUAGCACAAGAGUUAAUGUUUGUUUCACUGUAUGAAAGUAGUUUGAUAGAUCCAUUUAAAACUGCUAAAAAACAAGCAUUUUCAUUUGCAAUUAUGUAUGCUGUUUCUCAAGCCGUUAUAUAUGGAAUGUAUUCAGUUUCAUUUAGAUAUGGAGCAUAUCUUGUAGAAAUUGGAGAUAUGUCAGCUACAGAUAUUUAUAGGGUGUUUUUUGCAUUAGCAUUUUGUGCUGCUUCUGUUGGUCAAACGUCAGCUUAUCUGCAAGGGAGUUCUAGAGCUAAGAAUGCAGCAUCACUCAUUUUUCAACUAAUUUGGAGACAAUCAGAAAUUGACCCUCUAUCAACUUCAGGAUCCAAACCAACAAUUAAAGGCAAAGUCCAAUUUAAAGAUGUCAUAUUUCAGUAUCCUUCCGAACCCAAUGUACAUGUAUUGCAAGGUAUUAACUUUAUAGUUGAACCUGGUAAGACAUUGGCAAUAGUUGGUGAAUCUGGAUGUGGUAAAAGCACUAUAGUAUCUUUACUUGAACGGUUCUAUGAUCCAUCAAAAGGAAUGAUUGAAGUUGAUAAUCAUGAUAUACGAACAAUGAAUUUAUGCCAUUUAAGGCAAAAUAUUGGAAUUGUUACUCAAAAGCCUAUGUUAUUUAACAGUUCAAUAAGAGAUAAUAUAGCAUAUGGUGUAGUCAACAGAGACGUCUCCAUAAAUGAAAUAAUUGAUGUGGCAAAAAAAGCAAAUAUUCAUAAUUUUAUAAAAACUUUAGCUGAAGGUUAUAAAACACUGAUUGAGGAUAAUGGAAGUCAAUUGUCUGAUGGACAAAAACAACAAAUAGCAAUUGCACGUGCAUUAAUUAGGAAUCCUAAAAUACUUUUAAUAGAUGAAGUUACAACAGCAUUGGAUACUGAAAAUGAAAUUAUGCAAGACAUAUUAGAGGCAGUUCGUAAAGAUCGCACUUGCAUUAUUAUUACUCAUUGUCUUUCUACAAUUCAAUUAGCUGAUUCUAUUGCUGUAGUUCACAAUGGUAAAAUUGUUGAGCAAGGUAAUCACGAAGAACUAAAAGCUAAAAAGAAAUAUUAUUACAAGUUAAUUACACGCCAAAAAGAAUCAUCUGAUCAAUCUCAGUUCUAAAAACAUCAUAUGUAAAUUAAUGAAUAUGAUCUAAAAAUUAUGUAUAUAUAAUUUAUUUUUAACUACUGUUAAUUUUUAUGAAGUUGUUAUUAAAUAUGAUGAUUUAUGAACAGCACAAGCAGAUGCGGAUCCAAAAAAAUUUUAACAGGGGUACUCAAAAAAAAAUAAAUAUUGUUACACCUUUCUAUUUUCUAUUUGAUUAAUUAAUGUUAACUUUUUUCAAAUAUCGCAAUAAGUGACAACAACAGUGGAAAACACCAUUAAUAUUAUUAUUAUUUUUAUUUUAAAAAAUAACACAAAUUAUGUUGUUUAUAAUAAAAAUGUAUUUUGUUGAUGACUUAGACGGCAGGGAGUGUGAAGCACACAUCCCCUUGAAUUUGUGCCUGAAUUCAAGCAUCAUUUAAGAAAUUAUGUCUUCUUAAAUGAUUUAAAAUAAAAUAUUUUC